AUGGAAGUACGAAAAGGAACAAAAACUGGACCUGGACAUCCUGGACCUGGACCUGGACAUCCUGGACCUGAACCUGGACAUUCUGGACCUGGACCUGGACAUCCUGGACCUGGACACCCUGGACCUGGACCUGGACCUGGACAUCCUGGACCUGGACAUCCUGGACCUGGACAUCCUGGACCUGGACAUCCUGGACCUGGACAUCCUGGGCCUGGACCUGAACAUCCUGGACCUGGGCCUGGACACCCUGGAACUGGACCUGGACAUCCUGGACCUGGACAUCCUGGACACCCUGGACCUGGACCUGGACCUGGUGGAUCUGGACAAUCAAAUAAACAAAUGAAUCUAAAAUUCAAAAUAAAGCUCGAGAUGAUGAGAAAGAAAAGUGAGGUUGUUGGU